GAGCCCCGGCGUUGCGGCGGUCUCCAGGGUAACGGGGCCCGGUGCGGGUAACGAGGCCCGGUGCGGGUAACGAGGCCCGGUGCCGGGCGGGGGACGGGCCGGCCCGCGCCCCGCCGCCCCCCAUGGCCGCUCGGGACGCAGAUGCCAUUUCUUGGUACCAGAAGAAGAUCGGGGCCUACGACCAGCAGAUAUGGGAGAAAUCCAUCGAGCAGACCGAGAUGAAGGGCUUCAAAAACAAGCCUAAGAAGAAGGGCCACAUCCAGCCCGAUCUGAUCGACGUGGAUUUAAUCAGAGGCUCUACCUUUGCCAAAGCCAAGCCUGAAAUACCCUGGACAUCACUGACUCGGAAAGGAAUUGUGAGAGUUGUGUUCUUCCCCUUGUUCAGCCAGUGGUGGAUACAGGUCACCUCCCAGCGUAUCUUUAUGUGGCUCCUGGUGCUCUAUGUCAUGCAAGUGGUGGCAGUUGUGCUGUAUUUCAUGGUGCCUGUGGUGAGUGCCAGUGAGGUGCUGGGGCCGCUGUGCCUCAUGCUGCUGAUGGGGACUGUGCACUGUCAGAUCGUGUCCACCCAGAUCCACCGCCCGGCAGGGAACGGCCUCAGCAGGAGGAGGAGGAAGUUACGCAGAUCUGUGGGCGGUGAUGGGAGCAGCUGCUCUCCUCCUGACAAAACCUGUAAAGAACAGCAGGAACCUGCAUCUGUCCUGAAGAGUUUCUUUGGUUCACUUUUCCAAAGGAGGAUUAGAAGAGCAAAGCUGGUGGCUGAGAAAGGGACUGAGACAGAGCAUGGUGUGAAUGCUGUGAAUAAUGGUGUUAAACACAGAGCAGCCAGAGCUGAAUACAGGCUGCUGCACUCCAAAGAGAAAAAUAAGCUUUCUGAUGGGGAAAAGAGCCAUCAGGACGACUGCACCAACAGAGGUGGCAUUUCUGAGGAACUUUCCAGUGAGGAGGAGGCUGAAGCAAUGGCACAGAGGAUCUUGUUACAGCAGAAUGUAGAAGGGGCUUCCAGUGACAAUAGCUACGAGGAGAAGAAGAGGCCCCUUGUUUCCCUGCAGCAGGCUGUCUCACAGGUCAAGCAGGCCCUGAAAGGUGCCAGAGACUCUGAUAGUGUCGUGGAGUCUGAACUGGAAUCCCUGUUGUAUAAUCAGGACUCGAGGUCGUGUGUCAGCGACGGGUCGCGGAGCUGCAGCGUCACCCGCAGAGACUCGGAGAGCACCCGGCACGACUCGGAGACCGAGGACAUGCUGUGGGACGAUCUGCUGCACGGCCCCGAGUGCCGCUCGUCCUGCACCAGCGACAGCGACGACACCAGCGUCAGGGCUGCCAGGAGGGACCUGAAGGAUGAUGUUUUCCAGCAGAACCACUUGCUCUGGCUGCAGAAUACAAGCCCAGCAUCUGCAAAAGUGAGUGCCCUGAUCUGGGAAGGGAGUGACUGCAAGAAGGUGGACAUGUCUGUGCUGGAGAUCAGUGGGAUCAUCAUGAGCAGGGUCAAUGCCUACCAGCAAGGAGUUGGCUACCAGAUGCUGGGAAACAUCAUCACCAUUGGAUUAGCCUUCCUGCCCUUCCUCUACAGGCUGUUCCGUACAGACAACCUGGAGCAGCUGUGCUCCUUUUCUCUGAAGGAGCUUCUGCACAUCUUCUGUGGGGCUCCUGCCAGCAUCCCUGUCGUCCUCUUGUCUGCCAUCAACUUCCUGGAAAGGCUUUGCUUGACCUGGAUGUUCUUCUUCAUGAUGUGUGUUGCUGAGAGAACGUACAAACAGAGGUUUUUGUUUGCCAAGCUUUUUAGUCACAUCACAUCCGCUCGGAAAGCCAAGAAAUACGAAAUCCCUCACUUCAGACUCAAGAAGGUAGAAAACAUCAAGAUCUGGUUAUCCCUUCGUUCCUAUCUCAAGAGGAGAGGCCCCCAGCGAUCUGUGGAUGUUGUUGUGUCAUCCAUCUUCUUACUGGCUCUUUCCAUUGCUUUUAUAUGCUGUGCUCAGGUUCUCAAGGGUCACAAAACAUUUCUGAAUGCAGCUUACAACUGGGAGUUCCUCAUCUGGGAGGCAGCUCUGCUGCUCUUUCUGCUGCGGCUGGCGUCUUUGGGCUCAGAAACCAACAAGAAAUACAGUAACAUUUCCAUCUUGCUCACUGAGCAGAUAAACUUAUACCUGAAGAUGGAGAAGAAGCCAAACAAGAAGGAGCAGCUCUCUCUGGUAAACAAUGUUCUGAAGCUCUCCACAAAGCUGCUGAAGGAAUUAGACUCUCCUUUCAGGCUGUAUGGGCUGACCAUGAAUCCCCUGAUCUACAACAUCACCCGUGUUGUCAUACUCUCUGCUGUCUCAGGUGUUAUCAGUGACCUGCUGGGAUUCAACAUCCGAUUAUGGAAAAUCAAACCCUGACCUGUCCACGUGUCUGCACUCGGCCCCAGAGAUGGCCCAGAGCAGGGAACUGACAGCCUGGCCGGCAGCAGAGCUGCUCCCCAACUGCAACACCUGCACUGACCAUUUCUUAACCAGAUUCUCGCUGCACACAGCCAAUGUUCUCCUUCUGCUCCACUGCUCUGAUCUGUGCAGCCAACCCAGGGGUGCACACAGCCAAGACAAGUAAUGGGGCCAAAUGCUGGUGGGUGGCACAGGAACAGCAGGAAGCUGUGAGGCAUCAGCCACCCCCCGCCCUGACAGAGCUCCUGGAGCGUGAAUUGGGGUCCUGGGCGUGUGACAAGCGAGGAGUGGCCCCCCUGGGGCAGGUGGCAUCAGCCUUGGUCUGGAGCUACGCUGCCACGUGCCCGUUUGUGCAUCCUGCAGCCCUCUGGAGAUCCUCAGCUGUGCUGAACUGAAUGUGCUCAAGGGUAUUUGUUUCCUUGGUGCUGGAGGCUGUGCCCGAGCUGCUGGGAGCUGCACACGCUGAGCUGGGGCUGGCUGCUUACAGUGGGGCUUCUGAAAACCAAUGCUGAUCCUGUUUUGAAACUGACAGUGCCACGAGACCAUCCUCACAGCCCAGACCCCAAGCAAAGCCUUGACCAGCUACCUCCUCUUCUGCCACGUCCCUUCCUGCAACUCCCUCAGGGGCAGAGCCACGGGGGAAAAGCUGCUUCACCCCAAAGGGGCAGAGAAGGGAGAGACCAAAAGUGUUGAAGAUACCUGCUGACCUUCGUUUUCCCCUCAGUGACUCCCCUGGCUUCUAUUUAUUGGUAAUGAAAAGGGCAAAAGCAGAGCAACUUUUCAAAGCUUCAUUCUUUCACACGGGGGGGAAGAGGCAGAAAGGAGUUUGGGUAGGAAAUCGUUUACAGCUGUUUUCUGUACAAGGAAAAGUUGUCAGAUGGGAAAGGAGAUGACAGUUUUAUAUAUCAAAAUGUACAAAUAAACCUACAGGACAAGUAUUUCAUCUUUAA